AUUAUUAUUAUUAUUAUUAUUAUUCGUUACUCCGUUCUUAUCACCACCGAAUACCGAUUGAUGGACAGAAUAAUAAUAAUAUGGACUACCUACGACAACUGCAGAUUACAGGACGAGCACGGAGCGGUCACUUUCGCGGUUCGGAGCGUAAAAUCUAAAUAGAAACUCCGUGACGGUCACGUCCAAGUAUAAUGAUCUUGUACGUCGUCGCGGCGAUAAUAACAAUCACAUCGUUGUUUGUUUAUUUGCUAUACGCGCCGACAAGGACGACGGUGACGGCGACGACGGCGACAGCGACGACGAGUCGUACAAACAAACCGGUCAACAUAAGCCAUGUUAUGCACAAACGAGUUGACAACGGGGCCUUUACCAAGGCCAGACAACGAUUAUCGGCCACCACCUGGGCUACACCGAUAUUCGUUGCACAGGCCUCUACCGGGACUACUUCCGUUGCAGACGAGACCAGCAGUGAAUCGACCUCCACCCGGACUGUACCGGAUAUUACCACAGCAACUAGUAAACCAGGAUCCACAGAGAUCAGCAUUUCGGCCACCACCAGGACUGCACCGAUUACCUCCUGGACUGCACCGAUUACCGCCCAGGACUUUCGCCAAUAUUACCACAACAACCGCAACCACCACAACCACCACAACAGCAACCCCCACAACCACCACAACAGCCACAACCACUGACAUAGUAAGUAUGCCUAUACCAUUUUUUCACCGUAAUGAUGAGCUUUGGGGUGAUGACGAGGAGCGAGAACGUAGACAACAGAGAUUCUCUUUGAUAUACUUAGAUGACUUUGUGCGAAUGGGGGAAAACGAUUACCGCCGUCGAUACGGCCUUCGUGUCAUACAAGGACGACCCUGGUUACUCCGGGGUGCAGGUCAAGGUCCGCUAGAAUUAUAUGAAAGAGGGGAAGAGCUUUACGCACCACUAUUUACCGUUUUGUUAGUGCCGCCCAACCUCGAGGACCCAAACGAAGAACUCGAGUUUAUGCACGGCGAUCCGCUUGAUCCAAACCGGGGCCUAUCACUUGACAUGCAUGCCAACAACAUAGCGGAAAUGUUGAACGAACGAUUUCUCCAAAUGGAACAUUUGAUAAUUAACGACCCAGAGACUGUAGACGCCAUACAAAGGUUACGGAACACGCUGUCCGCCCAGGAUUGUUCCAACUGGAUCUUGUUGAUUGUAAUAAUAGCCACGAUGCACCCGCAUCCGAAUGACCCGCCAAUGGUUCGGUUUAACCCUGGCAGAUUGUCGAUCAACCGAGCCGCGCGCAUGUUGGUGGGGUCCCGUGGUAUAGUGCAUGGUUGGUCUGGUGACAUGCCAAACAUAAUAAACGCGUUACAACAAUACGGUGACUUUUCGCCAUUCAUAUGGUCGUACGAAUGUUCUAUUGAUGCCGAAACGGACGGAGACAGUUCGUUUGACUCAGAUUCCGUCGGUUACGAGAGUGGCAGUUGGAAAAGCGGGCCGCGUGGUGUGGCCCGUGGCCGCCCACCGGUUACCGGUAUGUCAUCAUUGAGCGAGGCGUCCAGCGUGAUUACCAGCGACGACGAAUUCGUACAUCGAAUGAACACUGUGAGCAACGCCGAUGACGCGGACGGAUCUUUCAGGCUUAAGAGAUUCAAGGGCUACAUGAGACGUUCGGCCACCGAACGACGUGAGCGCCGAGCCAUGAGGCGGGCGAGACGUGAGACACGUAACCACUACGACUGGCAGCGACGACUGGAAGAUCCUGCUUACGACAUGGAGGCUAGACGUGCCGAGGUACUGGCUGCAGAGAGUUGCCGCAACGAGAGUCGCGCCCAAGAAUUGUUAAACGCCGAACGGAAAACGGAACGCGUCUUGCACUGGUGCCAGACCCAGCAGGGCAUAGUGGCCGGCAUUGACAGUCAGUUGUCUCCUAGUGACGAGCUGGUGGAUUACCGACUGAAAGACUUGAGACAGUCACUUUGUGAACAGGUUUCUCAUACUUGGAUGCAAUUUUAUGGAGAUCAAACGGCCGCUGAAGCGACACCCGAAGAGAUGGACCAAAUGGUAUUUAACUGCUGGAUGACGCCGGUCCGGUGGAUUCGCCAAACUGGCCCCAAUUGUGGAUUGGCAGUGCUUGCUAUGGCUGCACGUCCAAUACUGACUUGUGAGGCGGCGAUGGGCAGUGCUCGUGAUUGUGGUUAUAACUACAAUGAAUUAGAAGACGUUGACGAGCUAAAUGAGGUGGUGAAAAAAGCCAUUUUGGAUUUCGCAGAAAAAGAGCGACGAAAGGCUGUACACUCUACAAACAGUACAAUCCAUCCUGCACCAGACAUUGACGUACCUAAUUUAGCUGAUAUACAAAAGGAGGCUAUAAGAUCCGGGUACUCUGGCCGUGGUGAAAUGUUUAGCACCCAGGCGAUGGCCAACCUGGCUAAAACGCACCAAACCGGGCGAUACAAUGUGACGCUGGUAAAGCGUGAUUUAUUGGAUAUGACCGACAGAGUUAAUGAAGAUGAUGUUGGUACUGAAAUAAUAAGAUCUGAGAUUGAAAACGGUAGUAUUGGGCCAGCCGACCUCAACAUGGACGAUGAAUUUAACGAAUUAGAUCAAAACGUCGCUCCAAGUACGAGGUCGUUAGAGAAUGUAAAUUUACAACCAUCGUCAUCGGAAUUGACCGUAGUCCAGCGUCUGAUGCGUGGUCACUUGAUCGCUGUUUGUUUUGAUUGCGAUAGGAGUAUGAUGCCGUCUUUGACAAAUGGUGGAAGCACAGCACAUUGGGCACUUUUAUGCGGUGUUAUCAUAGGAAAGCCCCAUAAAAGACAAGAAAAGAAAAUUCAGCAAUACGACGACGAGUUAUCUGAUGAAGAUUUGUUAAAAUAUGGAUAUCUAUAUGCAUAUGAUCCGAAUACGACCGAGUUUAUCCCAAAUGGUUACAUCGAUAGAAGAGUACUAGACAUUGAAAAUCCUAUUGGUAGAGCCACUACCCAAUCCAGCCAAAGUCAUUUAGAAAAUAUUAAUAUUGACGAUAUUGGUAUAGCAGAAGAAGAUUAUGAUGAUACAAAACAAUAUUUCACGGAGGACGCAAAUUCUUAUAAUUCUUAUGAUAUAUCUGAUCUGGACUUGAAUCGGGAUGCUGACCGUGUGUGGGUGAUAGCCCGACAUGGAAAAAUAGGCGGUCGGUAUGCUGUGUGGUCUCUCAAAGAGCUUGCUAAAAGUAACUAUCAGUUACGUACUCCUUCAGAUAAGAUUUUGCAUAGCAUUCCGCCAGAAGUAAAAAUGCAAUGGGGUAACAAACAACAGCCAUUCGAUUGCAAUACUGCAAAUUUAUUUUUGGAGAAAACGGAAUCCACUUUGAUUGACAAUAAUCACGAUAGUAAGACCUAUUGUAAUUUAGAUCCAGCCGAGACUGACUAUAAGUGUCUGCGUUCCGAGAAACCUAAUGUCGAGUUACCAGUCAAACCUGUGCCGGAGGAAAAUAUUAUGGUUAUAAAGAAUCCAGUUUCAGAACAGAUACACGUGGAAGAACUAUCACCACCACUAAUGAUAAUACCAAAACCACCAUCACCACAACUUAUAUCAUCACCACCAACAGCACAACUAUCUUCACCACCUCUAAAGACAUCACCAUCACUACAACCACCGGCUCCACCUCCACCUCCGCCACCGCCAACACAACUACCUCCAUCACCUCUAUCAACAUCACCACCAACACAGCCGUCACCUCCACCUCCACCACCACCGCCAACACAACUAAUACCGCCGCUACCGCCGCCACCACCACCAGUAGCAAAAACAAACAUGCGUGAUGAUUACAAUGAACCACCGUUUGUGUUACCGGAAGGACCUAGGCUCGAUCUGUGUUUGGCCCAUCAGUUCAUUUCAUUUGAACCAGUCCGGGCGCCGACCAUAAUAUCCGAUGAGGAUAAUCAACAAACACUGAACCCAUUGUCCACGAUCCAGUGUCACUUUUCAUUUAAAAUGAACCAGGAUUUAAAAAUAUUGGAUCUUACCAAAAAUACUACAGAUCGCUGGCCAAGGCAACACCGUCGCCAGCCUUCAAUGUCAUCUUCAGAAAGUAGUACGUCACCAGAUCGGCAACUGACGCGAUCAAUAGAACACUGUCCAGUAGACCAUAUAGCAAAUCCAGAAGAACAUUUUUUUCAGUCAAAAUCAGUGAAACAAAUAAUUCAAUCCCAAAUGGAUAUAAAAUGGCCUCCGGAACCAAUACAACUGCAAUCACAGAUUUUCUCUGAAUCAGUUGAAUACUUAUAACAAGACUCACAAUCUAGUUUACCACCGUCCAAGUUGUCAAAAGCUAUGCGUUUGGUGAUUCGAAGACGACUACAACUGCAUAAAACUGAAGAAGACGAACGCCGGUCUUAGAUACCUCGAAAGACGAUAACCUAUCUUCUACAAUUAACCCUCUACUCUAACAUCCAUAGUUUUUUAUUUCCUUAUCACAUUCUUAAUAGGAGGUUCAUCAACACAACCGAUCCUCAUGAUUUGAGUUCAACUAGUCAUCCCUAAAUUUUCUUUCGCAUUCACCAACGUCUUACUAGAUGCUCUACUUAGCAAAAUACAUUUUGAAUGUCAUCUGCUAUUUCAAUCUUUAUAACAACUCCGUUGGAUUAAUUAAAACAAGCAGCUUUUAGUAAGUAACAAAUUAUGUUGCAUGCAUUUUUAUAAUUUGUAUCUAUCUAAAUUAUAUUAUAAAUUGAAAAGUAAAAUUAAUUUAUAAUUUCCGAUAUUAAUAUAGUAAAACUAUAAUUUAUAACUAUAUGAUAAUAUAAUAGUGGGAAUUAUAGCUUGUAGUAUGAAGUAUAUAAUACACAUAUUGGCAGGGGUGGAUUUAUGGGGGAGCGAUGUGGUGAUUUCCCCCACCCACUGGAAUUAAAAUACAAUUGCUACUUACGGUAAAGCCUUCAUUGUACCUUAUAUGUCACUCAAACAUAUCUCUAUUCACCCCUUAAAUAAACUUUAGAUCUUCCCCUGCACAUUGGUCGGUCCCGGAAAAUUACUGACAUAGAACUAUUAUUUAAUAGUGUUGUAAUAUGUGUAUAUAUCUAUAUUAUACUAGAUAGCCGAAUCUCUCAAUCAAUGCCGCCUAGUAGUCAUAUGCAUAUAGGGAAAUGUUUACAAAUAAUUAUUAUACACUAUUUCUUAUCAAUAAGAAAAUUAUGAUUAAUAUAAUAUUGAUAAUUUAUAUAAUUUAAAUCAGCAAGAUAACCAAUAUUCGCCAUCAAAAAUCAAACAUAUCAAUUAUCAUAUCUGCAUUAACAUCAGUUUGUUAACAUUGCCCUAAUUGCAUAUGGUGACCUACUUGAUAUAUUACUAUAUGAGUGUAUAAUAACAUUUGGAUUCGGCUGUCUAGUAUAAUAUAGAUAUCUGUAGUAAUGGGUAACGUACUAACGAUGUAAAUAUUAUAUUGAUUAUGUUAACUUAUUUCGAAGAAUAUUAAGAAUAUUACUAAAUUAUAAUUAAUUAUCAUGGUUAAACUUUAGUUUAUCAAUUUUAAAAAUGUACAUUCGUCACAGUGUGACUAAUUCCAUUUUUAACGAUGUAAAUUAAACUAUUAUUUAGGUAAAUAUUUUUAAUAAUACUAAUAUUUAAAACAUGCGUUUCCAUCCUCCGUCGAGCAGUCAAUUAUUCGAGUGAUCAACAUUAUACUCAGUACCGCCGAAGAGUAACUUGACUGUAUGAACAAAAUCCGUGAUUAAGCUACAGGGUAAAAAAAAUAGCCUAAGGUGAUAUAAAUCCGUACUAGUGACGAAAUAAAUAUCAACUUUCAAUGUCAUGUACGAUAUAUGUACCUACAAACAAAUUGUUAAUUAGCUUAUUCCUAAGAAUAGUAAAUACUAACCUUAUAUUAUAUAAGUUAGCAUUAUAAUUAACUAUGGUUAGUCUUAAGGCUAGUAUAGUUGAACAUAGAAGGUAGGUACCUAUAAUAUAAAAUAAUAUACAACUAAUUCUUAUAUAGCAUCAAUAGCAUCCAUCAGGUACAUAUUAUGCAUGGGUUUUAGCUUUAAGGCUGAAAUAAUCACACAUACGCGUCGAUUAUAUCAACUACGUAAAUCCUGCAUAAAACUAUAUAAGUAUAAUUUAUUCGUAAUAAUAUACUUAAGUUGAAUAAUUAGGUAUAUCCACAAUGAUGUGUAUUAGUUUAAAUGAUGUUUACAUUUUUAAGAAUUGUUACUGACGUAGAUAUUUACGUUGGAAUACUUAUAAGAAUAGGAAACCUACCUUAUAGGAUUAAUUAUAUUUAAAGUUUAGCAUAGUUUAUUUAAUUACUGUAUAUAAUAGGACGUGGGCGUCCAUCAGAAAAUAUACAUGUCACUUCCCAAACAUUAUUUCAAUAUAAUAUACUAUCACAAUAUUUAAAAUAAUAUGUAAGUAGGUACUUAACAUUUUCUAAGAGAGAGAAUUUCUAAUCAAACCAUAUUAUUCUAAUAAUUGAAAAUUGAAAAAAUAAAUUAAUAAACCAUGAACACGUAUGCACGUAAUACGUACAUCUGCAGCGUAUUUAAGUUAAAUAAAUUUAAUAUUCGUUGGCAUACUAACAUUUUGGAUUAUCGCAUUGAUAUAACAACAAUGCAACAACAUUUUAAGUUAGUAAUAUAUAGGUUUGGUUAAUUUUGUGUUCUAAGGUAAUUUCACUACAAACUCAUGUUUUAUCUACCACCCCAAGAUAAUAAAACCAAUGUGGGCCCUUUCAUUGUGUUAAUUAUAAUAAUGUUAUAUCAAGUGACAAGUAGUUAUAAACUAGUUUUUAAUUAUCAUAAUCACGUAAUAACAUACACGUAACGAUUAUAAACAGAUAGUCAUUGGUCAUUCAAAUAUCAGUAUAAUUUAUUUGUACAAAAUGGUUAAUGAUAUUUCAUAAAUUUUACUAUAUUAAAAUAAUAAUAUUAAUAAUUAAUAUCCUUAAUAUUUUUUAAGAGAGAGAGAGAGAUGAUUUUAAAUCAAAUCAUAUUGUUAUAAAAGUUGAAAAUGUAAUAAAAACCACAAACACAAUUGUAAUGCACACGUGCAUGUGCGUAUUCAAUGUUAACAGAUCUAAUAUGUCAUCUAUAACCUAACUUAUUGGAAGAUUGUAUUGAUACCAAAAUAAUUAAACGUUGUUUUUUUUUUUUACAAGUAAUAUACAAUCUGUAUCAUUAAUACAAUAAGAAUAUAUGCUAAAAGUAUGUUCACAGGAAAUAAUUUGAUAAAAGGAGCCACCCAUUGAUGACACUUUCUAUGGUUAUUAAUUAUUUACUUAAUAACUAUUAUGAUUUUUUUUUUGAUUUUUUUUACUGUAACAAAUCACGACACUACUUGCGCUUUAAACGUCUUAGGGGAUUACCUGGUAUGGUAGCGGAGGCCAAUUUUUUGAUGUGUGGAUUAGGAUGAGUACUUAGGUGGUUGUGGAAUCUUUUAUAGUAACAUUUGGAUUCCUCAGCUAUUGUUUUUAGUUUUAGGUCUGAAUGGAGGGAAACAUUUGAGACGUAAGGAGUGCGUUUGUUAAUUUCCUCAGAGCAAUGUUUUGGAAUGCUUGGAUUUUGUUAACGUUUGUUUUUUUUUGCACUACCCCAUAGCUGCAAACCGUAAGUCCACAUUGGUUUGAAUAGACUUUUAUGUAUAAGAAGUUUGGUGCGCGUGGAGGUUUAUUUAUUAUUGUAUAAUACCGUAUUCAGCAUGCGUAGGCGAUUAUUUAGAGCUAGUAUUUUGGUUCUUAUAUGGUGGGCCCAAGUAAGUCUUUGAUCAAGUGUUAGACCAAGAUAUUUAACAGUAGGAGAGGUAGGAAUGGGUGUACCAUAUAGAGAUACAUUUGGACACGGAGCCUGUCUGAGGGUGAAGGUAGUGUGGAUAGAUUUGCUUUGAUUAACUUUAAAACGCCAUAUGGUAAACCAGUUUUCCAUGUAGGCAAGAUGAUUUUGUAGAUUUGAAGAGGCAAUGAGGGGAUCGUUGCUGAUGGAAAUUAUCGCUUUGUCAUCUGCCUAGUCGGCUACUGACGUGUAAGGAGUGGUUGGUUGGUCUGAAGCAUAGAUGUUAUAAAGAAUAGGGGAUAAUAUGCCGCCUUGUGGAACACCUGCGUUUAUAACUGCUAAACGUUGUUAAAAUAUAUUUGUGUUACUUGUGUGUGUUAGAAUUGUACACUAAAAAUUCAAGUUUUUUUAUUCAGCACCCUAUGAGAAAAUAAUCAGAUGUGCGGCCUUUUAUUGAGAAUAAUAUAAUAUUAUAAUACAUUAAGUAAUUUUAAACUAGUUUUUAAUUCUUAUUAUCAUGUUAUCAUAACAUAAAUGUUAGGAUAAUACGAUUAUGAACAAAAUUAUUUGUUGUAAAUAAUAAUUACUAAUAAUUACUAAUGAUAAUUCAUUGAUAAAAUACCUUUAUUAUAGGAUUCAUUAUAUUUUUAGUUUAUUUAAUUAUAUAUAGUAAAUUUAUUAGUAUAAAUAUAUAGGGUAUUCAUCAAAAACUAAUCAUUUCACUUCAUAAAUAUUAUAUCAAAUUGUCUUACUAAACAUCGUUUGGGUUUAAAAAUGCUUGUCAAGUCGGGGUUGGGGUUGGCAUGUAUACUUUCUAAAUUUUAAUUUUUGGAGAAACAUUAACCAAUAUGUAUAUAUUUUAUUAACAUAAGAAUAAUAGGAUUAAACCAAAUAGUACUUUAGGGUUAAAAAUGGAAAAUUUUCUGAAACAGGAAGCAUAUUUUCCAAUUAUGCAAAAUGUUAGUGAUCUGUUUUUAAAAUUAUAAUCCUUUUUAAUAAGUACUUCAGUUGUACAUUAUCAUGGAACUUACCUCGCACUUAUUAGUACCCUUAAAAUAUUAAAUGAAUUUUUGCCUUUAGGUUUUUAGUUCUUAUCUGCGAAUUUGUGUGUGUGUGUGUGUGUGUGUGUGUGUGUGUGUGUGUGUUUUUAUGAUAUACAACUUUAAAGGCCUGUAAUGAAUAAACUAUUAAAGAUAAAUAAGGUCUAAAACUCUUCACAGCACUAAUUAUCCUAGCCAAAGAGAUUCUAACAAGUAUAUAAACAACAAAAUCCGUUAUCCAGUUUCUGAGAUCUUCGUUGUUAUAGAAAACCCUAUCUAAAAUGUACUACCUCUUUUUUUUAACUGUGUUUAAAAAUAAGAAGUUAAUUAAUUUUUAUUACAUUUUUUAAUUUAUUAUUUUUUAUCUACAUAAUAAGCACUUUUUAAUCGACCAGCUUUCUAGAUUUCAUCGAUCAAAAGAAAAGAUAAAAAAAAAUAGUUUUCAUUAUUAAGUUACAUUUUUAUAAUUUUUGAAAUUCUAGUUUUCAAAAUUCAGAUUUUUUUCAUUUCAAUUACCAUACUUUCUUGAUUAAAAAUCAAGAAAUCAAAAAAAUUAUAAUUUUAGUAUCACAAUUUUUUAAUUUAGCUCACAUUUUUUAAGAUAGGGUUUUAUUGUAAUGGUUGAAAAUUGAAAAAAAAAACAUUAGCAUGAAAGUACAUGCAAUAUAAUGUGCGUAUACUCGCUAAACUAAAUUAAUAUAUCAACCUGUUGGAAUAUCGUGUUGAUACCAACUCAAUUAAAAAUGUUUAAAAUAUAUAUUUGGUUAAUUUUAUUUAUUAGGGUAUCUAAGAUACUAUAUCUUCACAAAAGACUUGUUUAUUUAUUAUCCUAUGAGUAAUUAAUCAUAUGGGUUCCCUUUUAUUUUGUACCUAUACUAUUAUAUGAGUAACUAAUAGUUUUUAAUUUUAAAAUCAUGUACAUACUUAUGAAUGUAUAUACUAUCUGGGAGCAUAUAGGUAAACCCCAUUAGAAUUUAAAGAGGGGGGAGGGGAGAUUAACAUUUUAACAGUGAGCCUUGGUGGUUUCGAUCGCACACCUAAAAAGCUGUGGGGGCUAUUAGAAUAUCUAAGAGGGGCUUAAUUUCCCAAACCACCUCAUUUCCAUCCGUGUGUACAGUAACCUUAGAAUAAAAAUGAAAACAUAUUUUUUUGUACGAAAUCGUUUAUGAAUUUUCGCAAAUUAUAAUAUAUUUAAAAUCUAACAUUUAUAUGAUAAUCCUAAAGUUUAAUUGAUUUAAGGUUAUAAAUAAAU